UCCCGCCCAAGAAAGAACCCAUAGACCAGCAGCCCACAAGACAAUACAAUGGAUGGGAGCAGCUUCCAUUACUUUCAAGGGAGAUUUGAGCUCUCUGGGAAGAGCAAACAGUAUCCAGCAGAUGCAUUGGAGCCCCAACCUGGCAUUGGAGAUGUCAAGGACAUUGAAAAAGCAAGAAAGUCUAUGCUAGACCCAGCACACAGAUCUCAUUUUCACCUUACAACCCCAAGCUUAGUAUUUUUGUGUUUUAUAUUCGAUGGAUUACGCAAGGCACUACUCAGUGUUGGUGUGAGCAAAAGGUCUAAUAUUGUGAUUGGGAAUGAGAACAAGGAAACAGAUACUCUUUAUGCUAGCAAAUUCGAAGAUGUUAUGCCUAACUUCACCGCCCUUGAGAUGUCAUCAAUUCUCCGUCACUGCUGUGAUCUUCUGAUAGGCGUUGCUGCUGGAUCGAGUGACCCGAUAUGCACCAACAGCCUCCAAGUACAGAGACAAUUCAAGGCAAUGAUGAUAUCCAUUGGAAGACAUUUGCAUGGUAAAAGUGCUGAUUUAUUAAUUAACUAUAAUGCAGGGCCAGCUAUAUAUUGGAUCAACUCAAGACCAUGGGUUGGAGGAUUAAUGUUCACAUUUCUAUUCGGAGAAUUUGUCCCUGCAUGUGAGCUACUUGAUCAAGUUAAAGUAGUUGCCAACAAAGCACAGAUGACGACACUACACUGUUACUACACUGUGGGAAUGUUCCUGGAUCAGUGCAUGGAUGGUUCCAUUGCUUUACCUGCUGUUGUGUCUGAGAUUCCAGUUUUUGAGCAGAAGAAAGCACUGGUUAAAAGGGCACUUGGAGAUUUCUUUGAAUUUGGGGGUGUACUUCGCCACCCUGUUAUUGGGGAGCUAUCACCACGAAUGUUCCCAAACCUAGCAACAGCAGCAAACUACUGGGCCAAAAGAAGGAAUCCCACAUUUUCUGGAUUUGAAGCCCUUGACUUUAUACCAGGAUCAACUAUUACACUCCGUCUAGUUUGAAUGACAUCUGCUCGGAAAAUCUCCAGAGGAAGUGACAUGGAUCCAUAUACACUUAACAUCCUUCGCGGGUACGGGAGUUUGGGAUUUGACUAACAAAUACGUGAACUAAUCCUUGUAUUUACAUAUAAAAAGAAAUUAUGUGAAAAUCACAUUCUAAAAUUACCUGAGUGUUACCUAUUGUUUUCAAUCUUGGUCUGAUAUGUCUCUGACAUCUAUUGUAACUUCUCUAUAAUCUUUUAUUUACUUCUUUAAAAGAAUCCAUCCAAUAUUCUCUGGCCACUGAAAGAUGUGAUCUCCAAAGUCUUUUUAAGUACUGGAGGCUAAGAAUAUGCUUUGACAUGUGGUAGAAUUUUGAAAUAAUUGAAAUGUUUUCUGUAGUCACAUGCGUUUUUAAAUUUUAUUCUUUAUAGAUAAGGCCCAGAUCGUUUUUAAGAUUAUUGUAUUUCUUCUCUAAUUUGUCUUGAUGAUUUUUUAUAAUUAUGUUGAAAUAAAUCUGAUGCAUUAUUUAU